ACUGCGGAAAAGAGACCAAAGAAAAAUAUAAAUAUAAAAUCUCUUUCUUCUCAGUAUCAUCAACAACACAUAUAAAAAGUCCACACUCAUUUCUCAUCUUUAUUCUCUUCCCCACCUUAGGGUUUCUCUUCCUCACUGUUUGGUUUGCACACAAAUCCCUAAUUGCACAAAAAUCCCUCAUUUCUCUUUCAAUUGUAUAUAAGGUUUCUGAUUCUUUCUUUCUUUCUUCCUCUGGAUUGCUCAAUUUCAACACAAACAAACAAUGCAGAAAAUUAUAUCCCGAUCCGGUGCCGCGUGAUCGCGACCACGGAUUUAAUCGGGGCGGUUUAGUUCUUGUAUGGAAACUCGGAGCCGGAAGCGGGCGGAGGCCUCCUCAACAGCCCCUUCAUCUUCCUCCUCCGGUCCUACAACUCGUUCUCAAAAACGCUCCCGCCUUUCUGCCGCCACUGCUACUACAACUUCUUCUUCCACCUCCACCACUGCCGCUGCCGCCGCCACCACCACCGUCCGCACUCGCCCUACUCGCGCUCAUCCUGCGCCGCUCAUGGACCCUACCACUCCCGUUGAAUCAUCAUCGUCUCGUUCUCGUCGUAGCAAAAACGAAUCUUCCGAUAAAGGCAAGGAGAAGGAACACGAGGUUAGGGUUCGUGACAAUAGGGAAAGAGAGAGUUUAGGGUUAAAUAUGGAAUCUGGAAAUAUAAAUCCAAACGACGAUGAUGACAACGAUAGUGAAGGAGGUGGUAUUGGUACUUUCCAUCAGAAUUUAACAUCAGCAAGCAGUGCUCUUCAAGGCUUAUUGCGGAAGCUUGGUGCUGGUCUUGAUGAUCUUUUACCUUCAUCAGGAAUGCCGUCUGCUUCAUCCUCUCAUCAAUCCAGUAGGUUGAAGAAGAUAUUAUCGGGAUUGCGAGCUGAUGGAGAGGAAGGGAAACAGGUUGAGGCUUUAACCCAGCUUUGUGAAAUGCUGUCGAUUGGAACUGAGGAGUCCUUGAGUACUUUCUCCGUCGAUUCAUUUGUGCCUGUGCUUGUUGGGUUGUUGAACCAUGAGAGUAAUCCGGAUAUAAUGCUGCUUGCUGCGAGGGCAAUUACACAUUUAUGUGAUGUGUUGCCUUCAUCCUGUGCAGCUGUUGUGCAUUAUGGUGCUGUUUCGUGCUUUGUUGCUAGGUUGCUUACCAUUGAAUAUAUGGACUUGGCUGAACAGUCCUUGCAAGCGCUGAAAAAGAUAUCUCAGGAGCACCCUACUGCAUGUCUGCGAGCUGGUGCUCUUAUGGCAGUGCUUUCUUAUCUGGAUUUCUUCUCCACUGGAGUCCAGCGGGUAGCAUUAUCUACUGCUGCAAAUAUGUGCAAGAAACUUCCUUCAGAUGCGGCAGACUUUGUGAUGGAAGCAGUUCCUCUGUUGACCAAUCUUCUUCAGUACCAUGAUGCAAAGGUAUUGGAGCAUGCUUCUGUCUGUUUGACCCGAAUUGCUGAAGCCUUUGCGUCAUCACCCGACAAAUUGGAUGAACUUUGUAAUCAUGGACUGGUCACACAAGCUGCCUCUCUCAUUUCCACUAGUAAUUCUGGAGGUGGACAGGCAUCUCUUAGCCCGCCUACUUACACGGGAUUAAUCCGACUACUAUCCACGUUUGCAAGUGGGUCUCCUCUUGGAGCAAAAACUUUGCUACUUCUUGGCAUAAGUGGCAUUCUUAAAGAUAUACUAUCAGGUUCUGGAUUAUCUGCUAACUCAUCAGUUCCUCCAGCUCUAAGUAGACCAGCAGAGCAGAUUUUUGAGAUUGUCAACCUAGCAAAUGAGCUUCUCCCGCCACUUCCACAAGGAACUAUCUCCCUCCCUGCCAGCUCCAACAUAUUUGUGAAAGGACCUGUUGUAAAGAAGUUGCCUUCGAGCAGUUCUGGAAAGCAAGAUGAUCUAAAUGGAAAUCUUCCGGAGGUUUCAGCUCGAGAGAAAUUAUUGAAGGAUCAGCCAGAGCUUCUACAGCAAUUUGGAAUGGAUCUUCUCCCUGUUUUGAUACAGAUAUAUGGUUCCAGUGUGAACAGCCCUGUUCGCCACAAAUGUCUUUCAGUCAUUGGAAAGUUGAUGUAUUUUGGCAGUGCAGAGAUGAUUCAGUCUUUAUUGAGUGCUACAAACAUAUCUAGUUUCCUGGCUGGUGUCUUAGCAUGGAAAGAUCCUCAUGUCUUGGUUCCUGCCCUCCAAAUUGCUGAAAUUCUUAUGGAAAAGCUUCCUGGAACUUUCUCCAAGAUGUUUGUUAGAGAGGGUGUGGUUCAUGCUGUAGAUCAACUUGUGCUGGCUGGAAAUCCAAAUACGACUCCUACCCAAGUAUCUUCAGCUGACAAGGACAAUGAUUAUGUAUCUGGAACGUCAUCUCGUUCUAGGCGUUAUAAACGUCGCAGUGGUAACUCAAUUUCUGAAGGAAAUUCAUCUGAAGAAUCCAAAAAUCCUAUUCCAACAAUUGCUGGGUCACCUCCAAGUUCUAUUGAAAUACCUACAGUUAAUUCAAGUCUUCGCAUGGCAGUGAGUGCAUGUGCUAAGAAUUUCAAAGACAAGUAUUUUCCAUCUGAUCCUGGGGCUUCUGAGGUUGGAGUUACUGAUGAUCUUUUACAGCUAAAGAAUCUUUGUACGAAGUUGAAUGUUGGUGUUGAUGACCAAAAGACUAAAUCAAAAGGCAAAUCUAAAGCUUCUGGUUCUCGUGCAGUUGAAAAUUUUGCUAAUAAAGAAGAGUAUUUGAUUGGUGUGAUAUCUGAGAUGCUCACAGAACUAAGUAAAGGGGAUGGUGUAUCCACUUUUGAGUUUAUUGGCAGUGGGGUUGUAGCAGCCUUGCUGAAUUAUUUUUCUUGUGGUUACUUUUCCAAGGAGAGAAUUUCAGAAGCUAAUCUGUCCAAGCUUCGUCAACAGGCUCUUAGAAGAUUUAAGUUAUUUGUUUCUCUUGCACUUCCUUCAAGUAUUGAUCAAGGGAGUGCUGCAGCUCCUAUGACUGUCUUGGUUCAGAAACUUCAAAAUGCUUUGUCAUCCUUAGAACGUUUUCCUGUUGUUUUAAGCCAUUCAUCUAGGUCAUCCAGUGGAAGUGCUCGUCUCUCUUCUGGACUAAGUGCCUUGUCUCAACCUUUUAAGUUGCGUCUAUGCCGAGCCCAAGGAGAAAAAUCUCUCCGUGAUUAUUCUUCAAAUGUGGUUCUUAUUGAUCCAUUAGCAAGUUUAGCAGCAGUUGAAGAAUUUCUUUGGCCUCGAGUUCAGAGAGGUGAAUCCGGUCAAAAGCUCACAGCAUCUGUGGGGAACUCUGAAUCUGGGACCACCCCUGCUGGAGCUGGUGGAUCAUCUCCAUCUACCUCCACUCCAUCAAACACUCGUCGUCAUUCUUCUAGAUCCAGAUCAUCUGUUAAUAUAGGUGAUGCAGCUAGAAAAGAACCUGUACCGGAGAAAAGCACAAGCUCCUCGAAGGGAAAGGGGAAAGCUGUCUUGAAGCCUGCCCAGGAGGAAGCAAAAGGACCUCAAACGAGGAAUGCUGCUCGCAGAAGAGCAGCCUUAGAUAAAGAUGCACAGAUGAAAUCAGUGAACGGGGAUUCUAGUUCUGAGGAUGAGGAAUUGGAUAUAUCUCCGGUUGAGAUUGAUGAUGCACUGGUGAUCGAAGAUGAUGAUAUCUCUGAUGAUGAAGACGAUGAUCACGAAGAUGUCCUUAGAGAUGAUUCUCUACCUGUUUGCAUGCCUGACAAAGUACAUGAUGUGAAGUUGGGUGAUGCACCUGAGGAUAGCAGUGGUGCACCAGCAACAAGUGAUAGCCAAACUAAUCCUGCUUCUGGCUCUAGCAGCAGAGCAGCUGCUGUUAGGGGCUCAGAUUCUACUGACUUUAGGGGUGGUAGCUCUUAUGGUUCGAGGGGUGCUAUGUCAUUUGCUGCUGCUGCUAUGGCUGGUCUUGGGACCGCUAAUGGUAGAGGUAUCAGAGGAGGCAGAGAUCGCCAAGGACGACCACUAUUUGGUGGCUCAAAUGAUCCCCCGAAGUUAAUCUUUACUGCUGGUGGGAAGCAGCUAAAUAGGCAUUUGACAAUCUAUCAGGCUAUUCAACGGCAGCUUGUGCUGGAGGAGGAUGAUGAUGACAGGUAUGCUGGCAGUGAUUUCAUCUCCAGUGAUGGCAGCAGGCUCUGGAGUGAUAUAUAUACCAUUACUUACCAAAGGGCAGAUGGCCAGGCUGAUAGGGUGUCCAUUGGGGGUUCAAGUUCGACGAUGACAACAAAAACAGCAAAAACUGGUUCUCCCAAUUUGAACUCUGACAUUCAAUUGCAUCGUAUGUCACUUUUAGAUAGUAUCUUGCAAGGGGAACUUCCUUGUGAUUUGGAGAAAUCUAAUCCUACUUAUAGUAUAUUGGCACUGUUGCGUGUACUGGAGGGCUUGAACCAGCUGGCGUCACGUCUCAGAGCCCAGUUGGUUUCAGAAAAUUUUGCUGAGGGGAAAAUCUCAAGUUUGGAUGAGCUUAAUGUUACUGGUAGUAGGGUUUCUGCUGAAGAAUUUAUUAACAGCAAGCUCACUCCUAAAUUAGCUCGGCAAAUUCAGGAUGCCCUUGCAUUAUGCAGUGGAAGUCUUCCAUCAUGGUGUUACCAGUUAACCAAGGCGUGUCCGUUUUUGUUCCCUUUUGAGAUCCGGAGGCAGUACUUCUAUUCAACUGCUUUUGGAUUGUCUCGUGCAUUGUAUCGCCUUCAGCAGCAGCAGGGUGCUGAUGGUCAUGGAUCAGCAAAUGAAAGAGAGGUGAGGGUUGGAAGAUUACAACGCCAAAAAGUUCGUGUUUCUCGAAACCGCAUUUUGGAUUCUGCUGCGAAAGUGAUGGAGAUGUAUUCUAGUCAGAAGGCUGUACUUGAAGUAGAAUAUUUUGGCGAAGUCGGCACUGGGUUGGGUCCUACUUUAGAGUUUUACACACUUUUGAGUCAUGAUUUACAAAAGGUUUCACUUGGAAUGUGGAGGUCAAAUUCCUCAUCUGAGAAACAAUCAAUGGAAAUUGAUGAUGGAAACAAGAAUGGGAAAUUAGAUAAUGGCUCUGGUGCUGCCGGUGCUGUAGAUGUUGUCCAAGCUCCUCUGGGUUUGUUUCCUCGGCCUUGGCCUCCGAAUGCUGAUGCUUCUGAGGGUAGCCAGUUUCACAAGGCUAUCGAGUAUUUCCGUCUUGUUGGACGUGUAAUGGCCAAAGCUCUUCAGGAUGGACGCCUUCUGGACUUGCCACUUUCAACAGCAUUCUAUAAGCUUGUGCUUGGUCAAGAGCUUGAUCUAUAUGAUAUUCUUUCUUUUGACGCGGAAUUUGGGAAGGUUUUGCAAGAAUUGGACACCCUUGUUUGCAGAAAACGUUACUUGGAAUCUUCAGGAAGUGACAACCGUGAUGCUAUUGAUGAUCUGCGUUUUCGUGGGACGCCAAUUGAGGAUCUUUGCUUGGAUUUCACUCUUCCUGGUUAUCCUGACUACAGUUUGAAAACUGGAGAUGAAACUGUUAAUAUAAAUAACUUGGAAGAGUACAUAGGUUUGGUUGUUGAUGCAUCAGUGAAGACUGGGAUUAUGCAUCAGAUGGAAGCAUUUAGAGCUGGAUUUAAUCAGGUCUUUGACAUCUCAUCGUUACAAAUUUUCUCUCCACAAGAAUUGGACAAUUUGCUUUGUGGGCGUCGAGAGUUGUGGGAGCCUGAGACCCUUGUUGAUCAUAUAAAAUUUGAUCAUGGAUACACUGCCAAGAGUCCUGCAAUUAUUAAUUUGCUGGAGAUUAUGGGAGAGUUCACACCAGAGCAGCAGCGUGCCUUCUGCCAGUUUGUUACUGGUGCUCCAAGGUUACCGCCUGGUGGUCUAGCAGUACUAAAUCCAAAGCUAACCAUUGUGAGAAAGCAUUCUUCAUCUGCUGGGAAUGUGGCAGCGAAUGGAACCGGCCCUUCAGAAUCAGCAGAUGAUGACUUGCCUAGUGUGAUGACCUGUGCUAAUUACCUGAAGCUUCCUCCAUACUCCACCAAGGAAAUAAUGUACAAGAAACUACUAUAUGCAAUCAGUGAAGGACAGGGUUCUUUCGAUUUGUCAUGAGUUUUUGACUAACUGGUUAAAGGGGUGUAUAUUGUAUCACAAGACUGUCAGGGAUUAUUUCUCUUUUCCUGGAUAAUUUGAUAUAGAAAAGUACCACCUGUUCUGCUGAAUAAUGGCUUCUUUUUGGUGGGGGCGUUUUAAACUAAUGGUGUCAUCAAAGGUCAGUUGCCAAAAUUGUUGAAUCAGGGCCUGAUGGAAUGAAAAUCUGUGUAUGUGUUUCAAGUUUAUAUUCAAUUGAAAUUGUUGUCCAUUCUUCAACAGUUGAGUCUUAGAUCCUUUAAAAUGUCGACUCAAUUUUUCUUCAGGUUGGAUUGCCGCAUUUUCAUGCUGUAAAGAGGGAACAUGUGGAAGGCUUUUUAAGCUGCUAAUGCUUUUGUAAAUAAAUAGGAAUUUCAUUUUUAUUUUUAUUUCUUUUUGUUUUUUUCACCAUAUUUAGUAGGAAAAUACAUGUAUGCCAUGAAACCAUAGAAUGGGAAAAUAAAAUAUUAAAUAUUAAUUUCCCCUA